AUGCGUAUUGCAUUACCAGAAUCUGGGUUACUAUCCCAAGCGAAAAUUGAAUGCGAUUGGAAAUUAAAGAACAUUCUUUCCAACUAUAAGCAAGUUAUACAGCAAAAAUUAGAAAAAGCGGCAAAUCUUAUUCAAUUUAUGAAAGAGUUUAAAAACUUAUUAGAGGAAUCGUAUAAAGUAAAACUUGGAACUACUUCUGGCAUAGAUGACGCAUUUAGCCUUUCUUUCAAAGAGAUUUUACCUCAAUUAGACGAUAUAGGAUGGGAGAAUGUAGAUAAUAUUGAUGAUUUAUUUACUUCGAUACGAUUGGUAAAAAGAGAUUUAAAAUCACGACAUCACUACAUAAAUACUCGGUUUUUACAAGAAGAGGAGAUUUGUACGCCUGUUUUUACUACCGAUUUACCUAUCCCGUUACACUUACCAAAGGCAAAAUAUCAGAGUCUGAAAUUCUCGAUAAAAGAAAGCUAUCAUUAUUUUUGCGAAGCAAUUGAACUUUGUCAAGCAUUCUUUGAUGUCAUGGAUGAAAUAGAUAAAAAUACGUGGGUUUUAGAGCCACAAAAAGCGUCGCGUGCGAGCAAAGAACGUAGAUUUUGCUUAGGUAAAAAUAUAUCUGUUCAAAUUGAUGUAAACCCGUACUAUCCAUCAACUAUUCCUCAGUAUCGAUUUUUUGGAACAGAUCAUAAUGUUUCUUUAUUGAAGCAAAAAUUGAAUAAUAACUUACAGUUAUGGAAUGAAAGGAAAUCAUUAUUGACUAACUUGCAAAAAAUUUUAGAAAUCUCAAUUCCGUCUCCUACAAAUAGUCAGAAAGAAGAGUUUAUUACACCCUGUGGGAUCUGCUGUGGAUAUCGCCUUAAUGCGACACUGCCUGAUAAAGUUUGCGAUUAUUCUUUGUGUGAAAAACAAUUUCAUUCGUUGUGCUUAUUAGAGUGGUUGAAAACGUUGCCUUCAUCCCGUACUAGCUUCAGUGUAAUUCAUGGACAAUGUCCAUAUUGUAAAAAGCCGCUAAACCAUUACAAACUGGGGUCUAAUUGUGGAUAUGAAUUCUGCGACGUUAAUGGCUUACUAGGAAUUGGAAUGGUGUAUAAGAUACAACAGCAUUAA